AUGGAGGAAAUGAAAGAGAAUAUGAGAAGGGCGAAUCCGAUAGAAGAUUUGGUUCACAGAACUGAUUCCCCCUUUACGGCUUCCAUCAACGGUCACCCCCUACCAUCAAAGUUCAAGUUGUCUUCUCUGGAUUCAUAUGAUGGAACACGUGACCCGUUUGAUCACAUAGCCACUUUCAAGACCACCAUGCAUCUUCAAGGGGUGCCUGAUGAGAUAAUGUGUAGAGCCUUCCCUACCACCCUUAAGGGUCCGGCGCGAGUUUGGCACAAGCAUUCCUCGUCCAGUCUGUUGACAAUAGAGCAAGGAGAGAACGAGAGCCAUCGGUCGUUUAUCACCCGUUUCAACAAAGAAGCCCUCAGUGUGGAUGAAGCAGAUGAUAAGCUCCUACUGGCAGCCUUCCAUAAUGGGGUGAAUUCGGAUCUGUUUAUACACAAACUCUAUGAAAAAGAGCCCCAGUCCAUGGCCGAACUCGUCCAUUCGGCUCAGAAUUUUAUGAACGCAAAGGAUGCGAUCAUUGCUAAGAAGAGGAAGAGGUCUGAAAGAAUGGACACAAAUCCCAGUCGCCAUCACGAGCAAGGUACUCGUCCAAAGAAGGGAUGGACGGAAGAAAUGAGAGACCGAGAAAGUAAGAAGCUAGGCCCUUCAGUACGGAACCAGCAAUAUACCCCUUUAAAGGCCUCACUUGAGCAAGUCUUUAUGCAAAUCAAGGAUGAUCCUUCCCUGAAAUGGCCGGAGAAAAUGAAGGGGGAUCCCAACAAGCGCAAUAGGAACAAGUAUUGUCGCUUCCAUAGGGAUCAUGGUCAUGACACAGAUGAGUGUUUUGAUUUAAAGCAACAAAUUGAAAAUCUUAUAAGGCAAGGGAAGUUGAGGGGUUUCCUUGGGCGAGACCAGAGGGACGAGAAACAGAAAGGGAAGAUGGAAGAAUCAUCACGACCAUCACUCGGGGAGAUAAGAGUCAUUAUUGGGGGAAGUUCAACUAGCCAGUCGUCCAAGUCCAAGAAAGCAUACUUGAAGGUAGUACAGAGCGUCCAACUUUCUGGACGAUCACCGAGAGCAAGGUCCACGAACGAGCAGGCAAUCACUUUCAUGGACGAGGAUGCUGACAGAAUUCACCACCCUCAUGAUGAUGCUCUCGUCAUCUCCUUAUUAAUUGCAAACUACACAACUAGAAGAGUGCUUGUGGACAAUGGAAGCUCAGCAGACAUUUUAUAUUACCCAGCUUUUCAGCAGAUGAGAUUAGGACGAGACCAGCUCCGUCCAAUGAACUCCCCCCUAGUAGGCUUUGGUGGGAUGAAGGUGCAACCAGUGGGUACUAUUUCCUUAUCCGUGGUAGUGGGGGCAUACCCACGACAAAUCACCAAGGAUGUGAACUUCAUUGUGGUAGAUUGUCCAUCCUCCUACAAUGCCAUAAUUGGGAGACCAACUUUGAAUAGUUGGAAAGCCGUUACCUCUACUUACCACUUAUCAGUCAAGUUUCCAACAGAACACGGGGUAGGGCAGGUAAUGCCAUUUGGUUUAAAGAACGUAGGAGCGACAUAUCAGAGGUUGGUCAACCACAUGUUUCGUCCGCAAAUUGGGCGGAAUGUAGAAUUCUAUGUAGAUGACAUGCUGGUGAAAAGUCAGGACGAGGGAAGGCAUCUAGACGACCUGCAGGAGACAUUUGACACACUGAGACAGUAUCACAUGAAGCUGAAUCCUAGCAAAUGUGCUUUUGGAGUAUCGUCAGGGAAAUUCCUUGGCUUUAUGGUCUCCACAGGGGAAUUGAAGCAAAUCCAGAUAAAAUUCAAGAAAUAUUGGACAUGA